GGUCUGAGUUCUCCUCCAGGAACAAGUCUUCACGCUCAUGUCUCUGUAGGGUAUCCUGACCUGUGAAGGAUAUUGUCUUGUAGAGGGAAUACACGUGUGUGGGAAACGACACGGAGAUAUAAUUGUGUAAAUGACUUUUAACUGCGUAAUUGGAAACUUUAGGUGAGCCGUCGGUUUUUGGAACACAGUGUGCCAGUCGCCUUGUUUGACUCAGCCUGCGUAAAGUUUAACUUUCUGUAAACAUCCAGUUUCUGCGUGGCGUUUUUGAGGGGAUAUUGUGUCCUUUUUUGCUGUUAAGGCCAAGGCAGGGAGUGUGUUGCCAUCGCGAUAUGAUGCACAUGGCCGCGGGCGAGGACUUGAAGAUUUCCCCCUGACUGAAAAAGCACCUGACACAUUUUCCUCGCCGCCUGUGUACCCCACGCCGGCAUGACACUUGGCGCAGUGUCCGGAGCCGACAGCACGUCGGCGGGCAGCUUCUGCUCCUGCUGCGGGGCCAGGAUGGUGCCAUCCUUAGGCGACAACGAACUGUUGUCCAAAAAUCAGAUCAACCAGCUGUAAGUAAAAUAAACAAGAGUAUUCUUUCACUCUACUAUGAACUUAUUCAAGUUUGGAUGAGAAGUCAAACUGGAAAUGUGAUGACUUGAAGCUCAUGCAUGAUAAUCAUUGAGGCCAAUUGUGAAAUUAGUGUUUGAUUCAGUGAUGACAGUUGUUUUUUACAUUAAAAUUUAAUUGAAAUUACAACAUUAUUCUGAGAUGGAGACAUUGGAAAAACUAAAGAUGUUGAACAUUCACACCCUGAGCCAGAUGACUAUUGUGUAAAAUGAGUGCUGAAACUAAUCUCUUUAUAAGGAUCAGGAUCUUUAUCAGUCUUUAACUGUAUCUAUCCAUACUUGUUUCUUUUUGACCUUAUUAAGACAGUGUCCCUGCAGAAACUGUGAGUCAUCCCACUAGUUUCACUGGUCCACACAGAGAGAGGGUACUUCCUUGAGUCAGGAACAUAUCACCUGAUUACUGCACCACAUUAAGGACCUUUGUUCAGCAUUUUGUCAUUGCUUUUAUGUAUCUUCAGGUUGUAGAGGUUGAUUCAUUAAUGUUGGGUAAAAUUACCUUGAAUAUAAACAUGGUAAAGAGGUAUUUGUAGUAUGGUAGGUAUUUCAACAUUUGUGAUAAUAGCGAUUGUUAACCAAUGAAGAUCUAGUAUGGAAACAUUACUAUUAGUUAUAUUGUUUGCAAGUUUGAUGGAUGCAGGUGUUCACAUUUUUAGAUCUUCUCACGCCUCUUCAAAGAACCUGUCUUGAAACAUGUUCACCCUCAAAAAUCAACUAUGUCAUAUGUUUUUGUUUUUUUAGGGUAUAGACCCAAAACUAAAAAUUAACCAACCAAAUAUCACUCUUGACUGAAAGAGGUUAUGCCAAUAUAUGUGUAACACAAUGAAGAACCAUGCUAGCGAAGCAAGUACAGGCAACAGCCAGAUUGUAAUUCUGGCCUUAGGGACAUGGGACACCCAGAAAACCCUGUUUUACAGAGCCAGUACUUGAAUUAUGCAAAUUUUCUCUUCCCAGGUGUAGUGGAGUGUAGUCUUAUCUGAUCGUCUGAGUGAAAUGAUAGGUGCCAGUUCAAAUCAUUUGUUUACUGCACUUUAAUAUAUCAGCUAAAUAAGUUGGUGAACAUUUUGGGAACAGAAACAGUUGUUUGAGAUCCAAAACUGGAAAUAAUGAUAAUAAGUUAUAAUGUUGAGACCUUGUGAGAGUACAUACAAAUAUAGAACUGAUUUAAUGAGACUUUAUUAACAUACUUUUUUAGAAUAAUCAGACAGCAAACCGAAUGCACACAUUACAAGUGGUAAUAAUGUGUUCAGAUGACCCACAGGAAGACUAUUGUGUGAUUUAAUUUCAGUAGAAUACAACAGUUUCCGAUCUAACCCUACCAACUUUACUCAAAACAAUGAUACAACUUUGAAGUAAUGUGUCAAGCUACACAGUUCAGCACAAAAAAAAAACGCUAGCAAAACAUGUGGCCUUUAUUCCAACAAACAGUACCAAAAUGUCUAAGCCAAUAUCUCGAUGUGCAAAUCUGCGAGAUGAUGAAAAUCUGUGUCUCAGACCUAGGAUCCCUCCUGUUGUCAGUCCUGACCGUUAUCUUCUCUGGUUGUCCACAUUUACUGCCCUCCUGUGUCAGAGAUUUGCCACUGCAAUAUCUUGUGCAACUGAAUAAGUCCUGAGCCCUAUUUCAAGGAGGAUGUGCUUUAAGUAGACAGGGGUUUGAGUGAGUGAGAUGAUAUGCAUCAAAACGCCCUGCAGCAAGACCUGAGCAUGAAAACUUUUGCAGGAAUUUUGUGUCUCUAUUUCAUGACACCCCUUUAACUUCAACUUUACUUCUCUUCUAAUGCAUUGCUCCAGUGACCUGUAGAUUUUCAAAUGCUGUUACAUAAAUCAUAAAUCUACUAAUUCCCUUUUUUUCCCCAUGGGCCGUAUCUGUCUUGGGUGUGAACUAGUAAGGCCUUAUCUGGGGCAGCCCCACAUAGAUCUGUGCCCUAUAUUUAUCUUACUCUCUUUUUGGGAGUGACUAAUAUGGUCAUGGGUAGGUGGGGGUUAUCUGGCCACUAUGUGGAGUGGUCCUUACAUAGUGAUGAUUGUGUCUGUGACUGUUGCCCUAACAAGUACCUGCAUUUCCCUUCUACCCAAAGCCUGGAAUGGCUGGAUGCCAAAAGAUGACCCUCCCUGCUCUCUUUGACAUACUUAGAAGUCCAGUUUAUUUUAACUCUGUUUCUGUGUGUAUUUGGAUCACCUGUAGUCUGAUGGACCGGGCCCAUUUCCAGCCCCUUACCCUUACAUCAGGAUGUAACAUUUUGUUUAUUUCACUCAAUAAUUACUUUUUAAUGCUAAAAAUGUAUACAUUUCCCUUUUUUAUUCAGAGCCUUACCAAAAUCUUGAAUCAGCCUCACUGAGUUUCAUUUUCAAUCUAGAAACACAAUUAUACACCAUGUUUACCAGGAGUACACGCUUCUCUGUUCAGUUGGGCUUGAAACACUCACCACUGUUGUCCCCUCCUGUCUAGAUUCUUCCUUUCUCUCAAAUGUGUGUCUGUUUGGACAAACGUGUCAGCGAAAUAAAACUGUAACAUCUUGAUUUUACCAUGUUAAAUGAUGGAUGUUUAGAUCAAAACACUAACAUCUGUUUGAAAAUGUACAGGUGAUCCAGCCUCUGUACUGUCUGGACUAAUGAUUUGGAAUUCAAACUGUUUGUGGGUCAUGUUUGUGGCUCUGGCCGAUAUGCUAAUAUUUGGCAUCUCUCUCUGGGUCUGUCUUGCACCACCUUGUCUCUCCUGAUGUCCUGCCAACCACACUAUCUGACUGGCUAGAUUAGUGUGAUGUAACUCUGUGCUGUAAAUUUACUGGAUUAACUGUCAACCCCUGUAUAUGAUGUUGAUCAAACAUUUGCAAGAGGCAAGUUAACAAAGCUUUGUGUUGGAUUUUAUUAUGUACCCAAAAUACUUAAUUAACUAAAAGUUUUCAUUUUAUACUGUCAAUGCGAGUGGGCACUAAAUUUACCUUAUUGGUCUCAUGAACUAACAAUAAUCAACAUCAGUAUUGGUCUUAAAAAACUUUGCAGACAAGCUUGUGUUUUAAAGCUGCCAGUGUAGAUUAAAUCAGUCUACAGUAAUUCAUCGCACAAGUUCAUAAUGCUAACAUUAGGACAUGGAUGGUUGGAUGGUUAUACUGCCUGGAAAUAUUUUCAACUAGAAAGCUGUUUUCCAUAAAGUGGUUGUGGUAGAAUUUUAUCAAUAUGAACAAUUUGACAUAAACAAACAACAUAGAAUUGAUCACAGCAUGUUUAAGCUACAGAGGAAAAGACUGAUUCAUCAAAGCAGCAAACUGUACUUUGAAAUAAAGAAUAAAUAUUCUUGAGAGAGUGACAAGGAUAAAAAGCUCACAGAGAAAGUGACUGCAUUCAUUUCAGACAUGACCCUCCGAGAGCUAUACAGUAAACAUGCCAACAUAAGAAGUGAUUUAAAACAUGAUAUGACAGCUGUUAGUUUUAAAGCAGUCGUUUGGAACGCUGGCAUUUGUCACGUGACAUAGCUGAGCCUCGCCGCACACUGGAUUGACUCCUCCACUUUAAGUUUGAAACUAUGUGUAGACACUGGUUUUCAGAGUCUUGUACAGUACAACAUGUAAAACAAGCGAUGGAGGACUGACUGAAUAUUAAAGUAAACAAAGCGAUUAUACCAAUCUGAGUGAAAUUUAGUUUUUACAUGUGAGUUGUCAGCUUAACAAAGAUAAAAGUAAUAGGCAGAAGAACAUCUGAUGGUUAAUAUCUUUGCUUUAGUUAUUUUUGUAAACUACACUGAAAAAGAAAAAUGAAAAAAACUAAUGACAUUUGCAGCUCUAGUGUGUAGGUAUCAUGUUUGAAACUGAUGUCGACAGGUACUCAAUUUUCAAAAAAUUGCAACAGGGUCAAAAAAGCUGAUUUAGACAUCCCUGAUUUCUCGUAUUAUCAACGAACAAUUUAAAUCUGUGAAAUUCAGUAAACUAUAUUGGUGGGCAUCUAACACCACUAUAGUGCUUUUUAUUUAUUUAUUUAUUUAUUUCAACUUGCUUAUAAAGCUAUACCUAUAUAACUAUUAUAAAAUAUUAUAUAUAUACACCGAUAACAGCAUUAAAAUGUUCAAAUGAAAAAACCUGUCAGGGUUUUUCUGUUCUAAUUGAGUCAUAGUUGUGGAGCUGUCCAAGUAGCUUCAUUAAGCUUCUCUGAGUCUUUGUUUGGUUGUGAGAGAGAGACUCUCAUGUACAGUAAGUCGCCAGUGCUCUUCUGAAUGUGGUAUAUAAAUAGCUGUGACUUUUAAAGGACUACGGUAUUUUUAGAAAUUGGGGUUGAGUGCCAUUUAUAGCCCCCCACCUCUUAAACGGUCAGACUGUGGAAAUCCCACAAAGCAGGGGGAGAGGAGCAUGUUUGCAUGUUUGCUUUAUGUCAACAACCUCUUGUGCAUGAUUCUCAGUGAAAGUGCUGGCUUUUGUAGAGUAGCACUCAGGGUGGGCAAAAUAACUUGAAAUUUAUAUCAAUGCUUUUAUUUUCCAAUAAUGGUAAUACAAAAUCAAAGAUGGUCACACACACACACACUUGCUGUGACAUCCCUAUCCACCCCAACAAGCCUGUGGUGUCAUACACAACUCAUGCAUGAGUGCAGAGAGGUGAAACGGUUCACUUCCCAGCACGGUGCAGCCUGUAACUGAAUCUAUGAUGAGCAGGGUUUUUAUAACUUAAGAGCUGUUUGUGUUUUUAGACAUCUCCUAUAUUUUUUUGAGCUGUUUGAAGUUACUGCUGAAAACAUAGUUAUUUCCUGACAUGGCAGUUCACAGGUCACUGUUUUAGAAAUGGAAUAUAUUUAUCAUGAAAUCAACUUUGCUUUGACAGAACUACAGUGGCAGUUGUCAGGAGUUACAGUGCUUAGGGUUUCUCCUUUGUCCAUUUGAAUCACAGCCAUAAUCUAUUCCUUUUGAUCAUUUUGGAAAACUGAAUCAGUCAGUUGAAAUUCACUUUGAACUCGAAAGUUCUGUUGUAGUGGAGAUACAAGCCCCAUUAGCGCUGUUAAGUUUACCCAAUCACUGUACUACAAUUCAUUCUUUUUAGUGACACUCAGUAUUAGUAAUUUAAGAGCCCUCCAUCGUUCUACAAAUGUCAAGUUAAGACUUAUGUUGAUAUUUCUGUCUGUUUUCUAUCUUUUCAGUAUAAGUGAGAGUUUUCUCGCUGUGAAAGGUGCAGCCUUGUUCCUUCCAAGAGGUGAUAUUCCUACACCUGACUCUGCACCUUGUAUCAGCCAAUGCAGGAACAAGCACACAGGUAAAUAACUUUGUUUUUGACAUUCCUCUGCAUCAUUAUCUUUUUUUUUAAUUGUUAUUAAUUAUGACAUUAUCUAGUUGGAUGUGUGGUUUUAAAUUUGUCAUGCGCAAUGAGCACAGUACUAUAAAAGCUACACAACUGUUUUCAUAUUAGUAGAUGUUUUAUAUUAGGUUGAUUUUAGUAAAAGAAAAAAGAGAGUACACUUUGAAUGUAGAGCAAACUUGCAGAAGGUUUAGCAAAACAUUUGGUGUCACAUCCAUUUUCAAAUGAUGAGUAAAAUGAUGUCCAAAAGAGAUGGAAACCUAAGGUUGAUUUCAUUUUUGUCCAGGAGACCUUCAAAAACAUCUCCAGACAAUGUUUACUGUGCUGCGUCCAGAAGACACCAUCAAACUGGUCAGUAGGAUACACACCACAGAGUUUACUCACUUGAAUGUACAAAUAUUUAUAUCAGUGAUUGAAAUUACACUCAAUCUGUUCUAUCAGGGUAGUAAAAGUAAUUUUAGCCGUGUAAAAGGUGCAGUCAUUGAUACUGAACUUUUUUUUGGUUUAGUGAAGAUGCACAUAAACUGUCCAGUGCUGACUUCAAAUUUAAGGUCCUAGGGGUACACCACACACACUCAGGAUGCAAAACCUGUCCUGUAGUUUUCUGACACAUUUGUUUCAGUUCAUAAACUGUAAUAAAAACAAUCUGAAAGGAGCUGACUUUAAUUCCUUUAUAUUUUGUCUGUGAACUUAAACUGUGGUUACCUGUGAUUGCUGGUGUGUGUCUGGCAUAGUCAAGAGCAUGGAGAGUGUAGUGAAGUAUAGUGAGUGCACUCAUUCAUUGAGUGUGAAUUGUGUCAUUUUUCAGAAAAAAAACACACUAAAGGAUGUGAGGUGUUGAAGUGAGGUGUUGCACCAUGAAACAGGAGUUAGAAUUUUUUUAAAAUCUCAGCCAUGCAUGCUCCAACUUGACCCAAACUUAGGAUGUACAGUAUGUUAGACCUGAACACAUUCAUAUGGUAGUUAUUUACCACAGUCAUUAUGCCCCCUAGCUGUAGCAGGGAUUAUGACACUGCCACUUUGUGAGCAUAUGUCUCUUGAACUUAAUCAUUUUUCAUAGCAGUAUUACUUUUGAAAAGAAUAAUCUUGAUGAUGUUGAUCUUCAUGUACAAUGUGUCAAAUAUGUCAAUACUGUAAGUUUUUGCUGAUAAAGUUAUGAGCAGAUAUAUAAUGAAGAGUAACACAAAAAGGUUGGGCUGAUAGAUAUUGAGCGGGGGUGGGGGGAGGGUAGAUAUAUGAGAAGUAAAAAAGGAAUAGUGAGUAGUCUGUGUUAGGCAAGCAAUUUGAGGUGCUUUGUGAAAAAUAAGAAUGGUUAAUCAUUCUCUCAAAUAUCUCUGAACCAGAACACACAGAUGUACAAAUUUGUUCUGUGGGAAUUGUGGAUAAAUUACCUAUCUAAUCUCUUUAUCUCUCCUUUCACUCCUUUCUCCAUGUGUUAUUUUCUGUCUUUUCUUCCAGGCUGUGCGUCUUGAGAGUGCUUUGCCCCAGGUAACCCGCUAUAUGGUGGUGGUCUCCACCAAUGGUCGACAGGACACGGAGGAAAGCAUUGUGCUUGGCAUGGACUUUGAUGCCUCUGAUAGGUCAGUGCCACAUUGACAGCACUCCUUAGUGUCUUGUAGAAUGAUAUUUACACUAGCUUCAGUCCCAUAAUCUGAGAAAGACUACAAGAGAAUGUUUCCUUUUUUUAAUUUAGCCGUUCUAUACUUGGAGGGGCAUAAUUGAUCAAUAGAUUUCCAAGAUUCGAUCUCCGUUUUUUUGUGUCUUUUUUCUGUUGACCUUCACAUCAUUGCUAAAGAAACCAAAGGACAGUAUUUUGUGUAUGAUGAAGUGAGUAUUUACUUUGAUGUUUCAACUUUGCUCUGAACAAAUCCACCCAUUUUCACUGCUCAUCAGUCACAUGAUUUUCCCCCACCAGCUUCUGCACAGUGGGUCUGGUUCUGCCUCUGUGGAGCGACACGAUGAUCCACUUGGAUGGCGAUGGGUAAGACAUAGCAUUUAGCGUGUGCUGUUGUAUACCGCUACUUGGUCUCACAAGUCAAGUGUUAUGAUGUCUUGUAAACACAUGACCGUUUUUACCUAUUUAGAGGAAGGUCUGGUUGAUUGUUUUUUAAAUUCUGAACUGUUUCUGAGAAAACUUUUUAGGGCAAAGUUAGGACAAAGACUGAAAAUGUCAUGCUGAUCUUUGUAUUUGAACGGCUCAUUACAGUUUGAACGUGAACUUUUCCCACAUUUGAAUAAAGACUUGAGUUUCAAAAUUAAAGUGACAGCCUGAAUAUGACUUAUAAUUUCCUCCUUUGUUCUGUCUUUGCAGUGGAUUUAGUGUUUCGACCGUGAACAGGGUUCAUGUUUUUAAGCCAGUUUCUGUCCAAGCCAUGUGGUAAGUGACCCUCAGCCUCUAACAAUGAUUCAUCCAGUCUUUUCUUUUCUGUCUUUACAUAAAACUUCCAUGUUUAUUUUCUCCAGUGUUCGUCUUCAUUAUUUAUUUUUCUAUUCCUUUUUGACUUCCACUCUUUAUUUGAUGGCCCUCUACUUUUAAGCAUCCUCUGUUUUUGGCUUUCCAUCCUGUCUUAACUUCUCUCUAUCAAAUGUGUUUUAUCCUUCAGUUCCUGACUUGUGCAGUAUUUUUGCUUUCUCUCUGUUUCACUUAAUUUACCUAUCACUCACACCUUACCUGAUCUUCUUUAUUCCUAUCCCACUUCUACACAUAGUCUUUCCUGAUAAUUUUACUUUAAGCCAAUUAUUUGACAAACAGUCUGAUCCAAUCCAGAUGUCCCCUCUCUUGUCUAUAAUUACUCAGGUCAGCCCUCCAGUCUCUUCACAAAGCCUGUGAUGUGGCUCGGUGUCACAACUACUACCCUGGUAGCCUGUUCCUGACCUGGGUCAGUUACUAUCAUAGCAAGAUCUCAUCCAGCCAACUCUGCAUCAAUGAGUGGAAUGCCAUGCAGGAUGUGGAGUCACACCGUGCCAAUUCAACCAUCCUUUUCACAGACCUGUGAGUAAAACAAGCCGGAUUACCCCUUUAAUCAUUUAAUAUUAGAGACGCAUGACACUAGUGCACAGUGUGCAAUUAUGCUGGAAUGAUCUAACAUAUAAGAUAAGGGAUGGAUGUUAGAUAAGAUUUUUUGGGGAAAUUCUCUUGUUAGAGCAGCUCAAAAAACAGAGGACAGAGGAGUUCAACAAUGUACUUACAAAGGUUGAAUGAAACAAUAUUAAAGGUAAAAAUAGAAAAAUGAACUAAAAAUAAUUGUGUUUAAAUUGGUUACUGCACAGAAUUUCAGCAAGUUGUUAACAACACACACUAUGAAUCAUAUGAUGACAUGAGUGCUGCAGAUGAGGUAUUUAACACAACUGUAUGAAUACGUAAAAAUGUCAUUUCUAUUUACAGGCCCACACCGGUGAAAAUCAUGUUUUUUUCACAUGUUCAUAUGGCAUUUUUCUGAUGCUAAAGGACAUAUCAUGAGAAAACUAAACGCAAAAUUGCUUUUCUGAGUAUUUCUUCAUUCAAAUUGCUGUGAAUCUCUGGCAGACCCAAACAGCAGGUUCAGAAACAGUGAGAUUUCUUAUGUAACCAAUCCAAGCUCCGCCCCCGGAGCACCGCUAUGCAGGCCAGGCUCUGCAUAUAGAGGAGAAAUACAGAGGACAAUCGUGGAACAAGCAUGUGUGUUAGCGGAUUGCAAUGCUCGUAAGAAAGCUUAUGAUAUUAGCUUUCAUCAUGUCCCUUAAGACAUUAGUGUCCGAGAGCUUAAAAGCUCCUAUGUUACCUGCCACUUCUGCUGCACAAGCAAUGUUAGGCUGCUAACUAACGUGAGGAUGAGUGUACAGAGCAGCGCUGUCUUUGCCCACAACACAGAGGCGAAUUGCUAAUGGUCUACUGGAGCUCUGCAGAGAAAAAGUCCUUCAAAAUGGCACAGGUAACACGAUUUUAGCAAAAACCUUCAUAAUCACAAUUUAAAGAGCACUGAGAACACUUUUAGUAGUAAAAAAAGAUGAUCGGAGUGGGACUUUAAAGAAGAUUGUAACCUUCUAAUGUAAUAAAAACAGUAAUAAUAAUUAUACUAAUUAUAAUACUAUACUUUAUGAUGAUAUAUAAAAGGGUAGGUAUGCCUUAAUCAUUAGUAUUGCAAUAAUUCAAACAUCAGAAGAUUUAAAAUGAUAAAGUUAUUUGAAUGUGUGUAUAAGUGAUAGAUGAGCAAUAAUGCAAAGUCACAAAGCAGCUGCCGUGUAGUGAGAUGAGACAGGAUGAUUAUUGAGAAGUGUCAACAUUACAGCAUAGUGCUGGUGUUAUAGAGUUUGACUGCAGAUGGGAUGAAUGACCUGCAGUAGCACUCCGUUUCUCAGGGUUAAUGUCUCCGUUUUUAAGUUUUUGUUUCUAUUUACAGGCCCACAGAGAGGGAGCGCACAGAGAGGCUGAUUAAAAUGCACCUCCGAGAGAUCAUGAUGCAGAAAGACCUGGAGAAUGUCACCUCCAAGGAGGUGAGAAUGAGAAAGAAUAUUUGUCUGUUUUUACUGUCUUACAAUUGUUUUUUCUUUCUAUAUGUGUGUAUUGCAUCUCCCCUAUUGCAUGAACAAAAUUCCGUUUCUGUAAAAGAGUAAAGUCAUUCAUAAUCAAUAGCCAUGAAGGAGAAGUAUUAGUAACAGAUGUCCCACUCCUUACUGCUGUUUGCUUCCCCAGAUCCGAACAGAACUGGAGAGACAGAUGGUGUGUAACCUGAGGGAAUUCAGGGAGUUCAUAGACAAAGAGAUGAUCAUCAUCCUGGGACAAAUGGACAGCCCCACUGAAAUUUUUGAGCAUGUUUAUCUGGUAAGAAUCCAUGAGCCAACAAGUUUGAUUUAGACUAGUUUGUCUGUUACUCAUGUUGAAGCACAGAGACAAAUUAACUCUUACUUUGUUAUCCUACAUUCGAGGUUGAAGCUAUUUACAAGAACCAUGCUCAAAAUAUCUCAUCUUUUUGUGUCAAGUCUUACUGCAAAAAAAAACAUGUUUGUGUACAUCGUGAUAUUGACUAUAACGGUUCUGUCUCUAGGGUUCUGAGUGGAAUGCCUCAAACCUGGAGGAGCUGCAGAACAGUGGGUAAGAGUACAGUCACUCUCUAGCCAAGUUGCUUAAUUCAAUAUGAAAACCAAUGUAUGCAAGGCACACUCACCAUUAUCAGUGACUCUGACAUUUAUCAGCCUUAUUUGUAAACCUGCAUCAACCAAGAUUGGUGUUUUAAAUGUGUCAUACUUGACAUAAAACAUCAAUGGUCAAUGACGGGGUGUCAUUUUAGUCAACCAAAUCUGUCUUUGGUUGACUAUAGCCCCAAAUACUUAAUCCAGCUUCUAGGUUUUCAAGAGCAUUGAGUUCAUCAGCACUAUCUCAUUUUUUCUUCCAUGUUGUGGUUCACCUGUUCUGCAGCUGUUAUCAAAAACAUGCACAGAAAUAUAAGCCGAAGACAUACUUGAACUCUCAGACACACUCAGCAACCGUUGGGAACAUAUUAAAGAAUUUGGUAGACGUGCUUUCAAAUAUAAAGCUCCGUCAGACUGGAAUUUUCUGUCACAUAAAGUACAUUAAAUUAAUUAAUUUUCCUUUUUUUUUAAAUUCCAUAUUUUAUAUUCUCAAAUCAUCUUGUAACUGCUUGUAAUGGAUGCUAUCUUGCAUGUUUCUAUUGCGGUUGCCUUAUUAGUUUUAUUGUUUACAGAUUAUUAGGUUUUAUUGUACAUUAGUGCCUUUGCUGUUCCAUGGAUGGUGUAGUAAUGGUUUAGUGCUAUACUCUGUGCUUUGUGUGGGUGAUGUGGGCUUGUGAGAAUAAUGUGGGGUAGGGUGCUAACUAAGAGCUUAAUGUAUGUUGUUUGCAACUGUGUGUUUGUGACUGUGUUGUAUAGUAUAAUAGUGUCUUGUGUUGUAUUGUAUGUUUGACUCGCUUGAAAACAAGAUGCUUCAGCUCAAGGGGCUAUCCAUUAAAUUUGUAUUUGAGGUCAGCCAAUGUACACACCUCCACCUGUCUCUUUUUACACAGAGUGCGCUACAUCCUGAACGUAACCAGAGAAAUAGACAACUUCUUCCCUGGGAUGUUUGAGUACCACAACAUCAGAGUUUAUGAUGAAGAGGCCACCAACCUUUUAGAAUACUGGAAUGAAACUUAUAAGUUUAUUUCCAAAGCCAGGUAGGUUCUAACACCGCACAACUUUACCAAGUUGAUGUUAUUUGUGAGCAUGUUAAACAAAAUUGGUCUUCUCUCCUCUAAAUUUGUUACACCAUUAUCUCUCUCUUUUUUUUCCUGUAGGAAAGCUGGUGCAAAGUGUUUGGUUCACUGUAAGAUGGGGGUGAGUCGAUCUGCCUCCACAGUGAUAGCCUAUGCAAUGAAAGAGUACGGCUGGGACUUGGACACUGCCUUUGAAUAUGUCAAGGAAAAACGAACUGUCACCAAACCAAACCCAUCCUUCAUGAAACAGCUAGAGGAGUACCAAGGAAUUCUGCUGGCCAGGUGUGCUUGCAUACUGAAGAAACUAUUUACUGUCGAUUUUUCUUAUCAUUUCAGUGCUAACAAACCUGUAUUUUUCUGUGUUUUCAUAGCAAACAAAGGCACAAUAAGCUAUGGCGCUCACAUUCUGAUAGUGAACUCUCAGAUUGCCCGGGCUCCAAGUGUAAACCUUGCUUUCUGCGUCGCUCAGAUUCAAACAACAAUUCGUCCAUCCCCUCUUUUCACAACUUCCUCGGGGUUGGGGAGUUGGAACGGCGAGGUGCUGUAACCGAAGACUUUGCCAAAUCACACACCCCCCCUGAUUCACCCACAGAAUCUGAUAGUGUAUGUAACUUACCAGGUCAAGAUGACCUAGGAGACCUUCUCCCAUCAGCUGUCCCUAACCAUCUAGCUGUCGCUGUUGUGCCAGAGGAAAACCUUGACAACUCAACAGGUGUAGCUGUGCCAAUUGCUCUGCCUCAUCCUCCACCAUCACUCCACAUCUUACCUCCUACUCCUGAACUCAAGAGAUCUGACCGGAGGCAGCCCACAGAACUGUUUAUUUCAGUGCCUCAACACAAAACAGUGGAACCAUGCCUCAAUGUGCCUGAGAAGAGUAGCUCGGAGGAAAUCCUUCCUCUCAAUCUGGAAACCACUGUUCCAGCAACAUUAGACCAAUCAAUAUCAGAUUUAAUGAGCAACAAACACAGCACACUCAGCCCAGCAAGCCUUUCUCAACUUUCACCCAAAGAAAAAAACAACAACCAAAGUGAGUUACAGGUUUGCAGUAAGUGGGACCGUUACAGCAAUGCUGAUGGGCUGUUCAACCACAGUGAAGGCAGUAUACGCUCCUUGAACGCCAGGGAGCAGACGCAUGACAGAAAACCCUCAUCACUUCAGGAAACUGGAGUAACUGAGGCUGAAGAACGAAGGAAACAGGAAAACAGGACAAGCCAGGUACGUAACCCUUCAGAGUCUUUCACCUGGACCUCAUUCACCUAUAACUUCUGAAGUUUUUCUUUAAAGAUAUAAAAGUGAGUAAGAAUAGUUUAAACCCAAUUUAUGACCCUUUACUAAGUGGAAGUCAUAGACGUGUGAUCACAGACUGGUGAAUGCCAUUGCUUCAGAAGUUAGAAGCUUGUGCCGGUUGUUCCAAAUUAGCAUAGGUAACCACCUCUCUAAUGCCCGUAAAAAGGCAUAAGACUGCAGAGCAUAUGUACUGAGCCCUUUACCGCAAAUUUAAAACAUUGUUCUGGGAUGAAGGAAGACCUUCUGUUUGUUUGUAUUUAGCAGCAUCAGUGUCUGGUAUAAAAUACCAGUACAAAAUGAUUUAUGGGAUGAUAUCACUCGUCUAAAGAAUGCUGUGGAUAUGAAAAGGUGCAAACCAAUAACAAUGAAUUAUUUGAGCUUUGGGUGGGGGUUGCCAUGUGAGCGACCCUGUCCAUAUCUCAGUUAUUGUUAAAACUGCCACAGUACAACAAAAAAAUGUGACGAGUGCAGAUUAUUAUUAAUGACAUUAAAUAUUCUUCAUUCAAAAUAUUUACAUUUACACCACUUAAGUGCUCAGUUUCUGUUCAUAAUCGAAGUUCAGACAUUGCCAAAUUAAAUUUAAACUGAACUUCCAGUAUAUUUGUACCUGAACUUAGAGAAUCUGUGUAAAUGUAGAUUUCACAGCUUUAGAAAAAGGCUUAAAGUAAAAAAAAAUUGUUAGGGCAUGUCAGAUUUAAUCCUGGGGGUGAAAGGUCAUUGUUUGUAGGAGCAGCCCUGGUGUGCAAACUUUUGCAAACACAGUUUCACUAACACACUAAAACAGUGGUUCUCAGGUCCAGUCCUCGAGGCCCACUGUCCUGCAUGUUUUGGAUGUUUCCCCGCUCCAACACACCUGAUUCAAAUUAUCAGCUCGUUAUUAAGCCAUUACAGAGCUUGAUAACGAGCUCAUCAUUUGAAUCAGGUGUGUUGGAGCAGGGAAACAUCCAAAACAUGCAGGACAGUGGGCCUCGAAGACUGGACUUAAAAGAACCACUGUACUAAAACAAGACUCGCAAGAAGCAGAUACUGAACAGAUCUAUAAUACACGGAUGUCAAAGAUUAUCAGUAUGAAUUGGAUAAUAGAGAAUAGUCAAUAAAAAUGCUUUAACUUUGUUUUCUAUCUCUCUGUCCAGACAAUCUCAAUCAGUUAGUAAUCAAUGAAAGAUAUUCAUUAAACUUGAUGGACACUACAAUUGGUAAUGUUUCUCUAACUGAUAUUAUGUCUUAUAAAUGUUUCGCAUUAGAAGUGGAAGAUAGACACACCCUCACAGACAUGUUCAUUAAAAAAGUCAGACUCUGACAUCUUUGUUUUUGUGCUCAAACAGUCAGAAGAAAGCGUGGAUAAGGCCACCCCUGACCCGACUCAUCCAUCUCACCACCACAGCGGAGUGUCAGUCCACCACAUUGUCACAGAAAUUGAAGCCAUAUGCCAGCCGUCCCCCUCCAUCACACGUCCCUCUUCUUCAUUGCUCUACACAUCCUCUGAUAGCCCUCAUUUGCAUGCAGGAAAUAAGACUGAGGUAGAGACUUCUAAGACCACAAACGACUCGCUUACUCCACAAUUGCACCCUCAGUCUUCGACCACGUUGCCAUGUGAUUGGCCAGCCGGUUUGGUCCGGAGAGUGACUGAGCAGCUGGAGCAGAAGCUUAAGUGCAAGAUGGAAGUAGCUGCUCCUCUGCAAUCCCCAUUUCAUACCCCAAACACCAAGCACACAGCUAUCAGGCUGUCCCCAUGUCCCUUAAGCAAUGAGCAUCCUCCACUUGACUCCCCUCAAGACUUAUCAGAGAAAAAUAUCACCGAGAGAGAAAACACAGUUGAAUCUUGUAAGUCAAAAGACAGAAAGAGGCAAACAUGGUCACACACAGAACUUCAGAGACUUGACCUGCCAGGUACAGACCCCCUUAUCUCAAAUACGAGCCAAGCAUGUGGGGCUUUCCCUAAUUUUGAUAGCCAUGUGGAAUCGCCAUCUCUGGUCUCUCCGAGCCAGUCACGUAAUUCAACCAAAGAUACCUCAACUCAGUGCCAACUGGUUCAGCCCCAGCCUCACACCUGUUCUCACCCAGUGACUCUGGAUGUGGUGAAAGGGCAGCAGUCUGAAACAGAUGAGGAGUCCAGUUCCCAGGGUGGGCAAGGGGCCUGUGACCCUGGUUGUGACGGCCAUAGCUGGAUGGAUUGUGAUAGCAGAAGGCUCGAGAGGAUUGAAGAGACACUAAGAGAGCUGCAGGCAUUCCUUUACAAGGGUGUUGAAAGACAAGAAGGAAAAGUUAGAAAUGUGAAAGACACUAAUAGAAGGAAGAGUUUAGAACAGACCCCCACAACCUUACAUGUGGGGCAGGGUCUGAGAGAGCAAGAGGAGAGGAGCUGCCUAGAACAGCCAAAGCGGCACAAAGGUGUGAGGCUGGAAUCUCGUAUCCGUCAAGCUGGCCUCACAACUCCUUCUCUAAUGAAGAGGUCAGCCUCUUUGGCGAAGCUGGGCUGUCUGGAGCUGUCAACCAAUGACCUCUGUGACCUAGACUUGAAGCCGCACACCGAGACAACAUCACUCCACUCCCAAGACUCUUCCCAUAUUCCCCCACCUCACGCUGAUGACACCUGGAAGAAGCAGAAAGUGUUGGCUCAAAACACCUGCGUUGGAAAAACAGUACUGUCUCUCAGGGAAAAGGAUCUGGAAGAGUCAUCAUUUUCACCAUCUCCCUGCUUACCUCACAUUACUCAUCAAAAAGGUGACGCUGACAUGAAGGGGGAGCAAGAAAGCACCGGAAGAGGGUCAGUCACUACAUCAUGUCAGCAAGGGAGGGGACACUCGAGACGUUCUCGCAAAGCGUCUGCUGAGAAAAAGCAGCGAGCUAUCACUGUGCUGUACAACACUAUGUAACCUCAAACUAAUGGACUGGAAAGGACAAUCCUGUUAGCAUGUGCAGGCGAAUGAGAGAGGCUUAAUGAUGUGUGUAAGCGUGUAGAAUUACACUGCAGCCUUAUGAAAUCUGUGUAUUGGUAGGUGGGAUUGAAUGAACAUGUUUGAGUGUGUUUUGUACGUUUUCCAUUAUCGUUGUCUCCACUUUGGAGGGACUUGUUUUUCGAUUUUAGUGUUUUUAAAACUACAUGAGUUGCUUUUUUCAUUAAACAAGCACUUAACUUCUUUUUGGUCAUUUUCUUUUAUUCGAAAUCUGUGUCUAACCCCCCGAGGAUUGUUUCGCACUGAUCUUAAUAUCAUUGGUGUGUGUGUUUUUGUUUCUAAAGUGAACAAGUUAGAAAACUGCUACCUUGUAUUUCAUACACCUUUCUUGAGCAGGUUGUACAUGCUCUAAAUCUGCAGAGACUAUACUCAUGUUUCCAAGUGUGUACUAUUUCUCUCUUUGAAGUUUAUUGUUUUUGCAAAUAUUAAACCAGAUCUGAUAAUGACUCCACUUCCAUCUCCUGUCCAGAUGAAGAGGAUCGGUUUACACAUCAUUUAGAGAAGAGAGGAAAGUGGUCCUGUACUUGUGUAUCAAAACAACUCCAAGCCUAAGUAACCAAACCCUUGGCUUUAGAGGAAAAUGAACUUCAUAACUGGUGUCAUUAAUUGCAGUGUGAUCCUCACCAUUGCUCAGUACGCUUUAGUCUAGCAUUUAGUACAGCUCACUUUAGUCUAGUAUUGUACUCACUGUUUCAUGUGGGUAACUGAUGGCUGAGAUUUAGACCAUCAGAGCCUCCAGUGAGAUGCACGCUAACAGGUCAGAUCCAAUCACUGUUUAUGAAAUAAUGGCAGUAGGGCUUGACUACAUUAAGAAGUGGGAGGUAUAAUAAUUUAAGGCCAUGCUGGCUUAAGAAGAACUAAUGUUACAUCUCCUCAGUCAGACAAAGCAGAUAGAUGGGAUGAGGAGGUGUCUCUUGAACCACGUGUUCACAUCGAACUAAAGUAACGAGUGGAUACCAAGUGGUGUAAAUCCCCUGAUGAGACAGCUGAAAUUGACAUUUAUUCUUUUUGCGCAAUGAUUCUACAAGCUUCUGUGUGUCUCUGACCGACAAAAACCUUGUUUUGUUUCACUGGCUUGUCAAGUUCUCCUCAGAUCAAGCUGGACUACUGGGAAUCUGUGUUAGAGAAAGGAUGAUGGAGUACAAGCUGCCAAAAACAGGUCAGCUCUCUUUCCGACUGACUUGUUCACAUUGUUUUUGUCAUCGUUCUUUACUCAGGACUGUCAAAGAGCGAACUUACUCGCAGAAAGCUAUAACUAUGUUGGGAUGAGGGGUUAAAAACAUGUGAAAGCUGUGAAUCAAAAUUAAAUGAAUAACUCACUUGCA